AUGCUCGACACGCACUUGGACCCGACGCGAUACGUGGACGCACAGGCGUACAGAGCGUACGAGCGGCACAAGGGCCACGAACUGGUAGUCGCCGAGUGCGUCGUUGGCGCCCCCGCGCAAGUGUUCGACGCGUGGCUCGAGCACGUGUGGCUCGCCCGUGGCUCGGAGCUGCGCGAGGGGCGAGGACGCGGCUACGUUGGCCACGUCCGCAGCGCCCCACUGGGCAUUGAAGAAGAGAUUCUGUCGGCUGGACUGCCGAUGGACGACUCCCCAGUCGACAGCAGCACAGACGGACGCCCGAGUCUCGCAGCAGCUGAGCGCGACCGGUUCAAGAUCCCGUCCAUCUGCUACAAGAUGCGCAAGUUUGGCCUGUGGUUCCCCAUGCAGAGCCACCUCGCGUUUGUCCAGUUUGUCGACGUGGCGGCCUCGCCCAAGAGCACGCCAGCGACGCUCAUCAUCUGGUCGCUCAAGACAACGCCCAGUGCACUCGGCUACCUGCUCUGCUGGGGCGGCUUCACCAACUUGCUCCUACGCUCGGCGUUGCAGGGCAUGUUGAAAGACCUGGCGAUAAGGGCUGCUGCAACGACGCAUCGAUACUCGGACUAG